UGAAAGUAGAUUACGUUUGCAUGGCUUUAAUAAGAAACUGGGAUGACUGUCCUAAGGACGACAUUAGACAUGAUUUGGGGUUUGGGGCUUCUUAUCCUUGCGCUUUUAUGCUUAGGUGUAAAUGGAUCUCAAUCUGUUGAUGAUCUUCAAUGGCUUCCUUGUCAGUUUGUGGAUGAGAAAGUUCACGUGAAUGAAGAGGGCCACAUAGAGACUCAGUAUAUCCACAGAGAGGCUGUGAUUCAGUUUGGUAUUGAUGGUGACAGACCUUUAUACCCCACUAUAACCUUCCUUAUUACAGCUUCUAAAGUUGAUAUGAGGCGUUAUUUGGAGGGAGGAGAGGACUCAUUAAACUGUGAGAUCCGGAGACACAACACUGGAGGGAUUGUAAUGCGUUGGCCUGCUAUGGGAGCACAAGAGCAUGACGUCUGGUUCAGCUGUACAUUACGUCACACUAAGGGAGCGUUCAUCAUCACCACCUUCCUGAGACACACCCCUUCUGCUCCUGUCGGGGGACAGGCGGACUCUCUACAGAGGCUAAUAGUAAAUGAUAAAGAUCUCCUUACAACAUCAGCUGGGAUGAUUAUCCUGACACAGACCCCCUCUGCGGAAGUGGGCUUCCUGAAGGAACCCACUUUGCACUGUCAGUUUGCAGUGGAUCACAAGCAGGCUAAUGUAACAGUGGAAUGGCGACUUCAGCGACACGGGGAACGCAGCAAGCUGUUUAGCUACUCCAGUCGCACAGGGAGAUCUGAGGGUACCGGAGUCUCCAUCAAAGCCAUCGGCGCUGGAAAUGCCUCCUUUAAACUUCCACCCACCAGAAAAACAUCAGAGGGCACAUACAUCUGCUCUGUUCUCAUCCCUCCUCUCUAUGGCAGCGAUGAUAUCCUUGUUAGCCUCAGCGAACAACCCCGCGUGUCUUUGAAUGUGGGCUCGCCGUUUUCUUUGACACUUGGCGAGGACAAGAAGGUUGUGUGUGAUGCAGAGGGAUACUAUCCACUGGAUGUAAACAUGGAGUGGUUACGGGAACCAGUCGGCGGUAGCCCUACACCUGUGUUUCUGAAGAAUGUUCUGUACUCCAGUCAUCGGGUUCACCAGGAUGGCACAUACUCUCUCUCAGCUUUUUUUCUUUUGCAGCCUGGCCUGGAGGACUCGGGAUAUAAGUACACUUGCAGGGUAUCCCAUAAGUCCUUGCUCACUCCCAUCCGCAAAAGCUUUAUUCUCUCAGUCACAGAACCUGACUCCACUCUGUGGUAUAUCACAGUCUUUGGAUUUAUAAUUGUGAUGUUAGGAAUUCUGUUUUGGCUGCUGCCUCAGUUCAUUACUGCUCGAAAAGCUGCCAAUAAGGUGAGGAAUUACUGCGACGAAUAAUUAACAAUGACCCCA